UUUUCGGUAUCAGAAGCUAUGCUUGCGCUGUCCCUUGCAAGCCAGAUAUUUUUUCCAUCCAGACAUGCUGGAAGACGAAUUGAUAGAUAAUCAAGCAAAAUCCGCAGCUGCUGACCAUUCCGCACACGCUUUUCCAGAAGCCCUUCCCUAAGAUCUCGUCUUUUCAAUCAUCAAAACGUCUGCGACUUUCGGCUUCUUGGCGCGCCAUUCUCCUCUAUAGGUAAUUUUGAUUGAGCCGUAUUCCAUCAUGACGUAUCAGAAUUUGGAUGCCACAAUCGGACGUCUGCUUGCAUCCGCCAAAGAUGCGGCCGCUCUUCUUGAAGAGCCAUUGGCGAAAGAGACCGAAUCGGUGCUCACCUUGGACAAGGACGAAAUUCGCGCCUCAGGUCCGCUGAACAAGAAGAUUGAAGAGACUAUACAAAUCUUGGAUAAAGUCCAGAAGAAAUUAACGCCGCCCCAUUUGACGCUCAUGGAUGAUUGUUUUGAUAUAAUAGCGUUCACCAACAGUAAAGUGCUGCUUUGCGCCGCCGAGUACAAAAUCGCCGACAUUGUCAAUGAGAAGCCACUCACUACUGCUGAAAUUGCAGAGGAAGCUCAUCUCCAUGCCGAUGCGGUCGUUCAACUCAUGCGCUAUCUUCUCAAUAUGGGGUACUUCAACUACGACACCGCCACGGGCAGGUACUCGAACAACAUGGUCUCGAAUCUUUUGCGCCGGGACCACUGGGCGCAAUGGCACAAUUGGAUCACUUUUUAUCCAGAUGAGUAUUACGACUUGAUCAAGUACCUUCCCGAGCAGGUCAAGGCCGAUGAAAAGCGCACCGCGGCCGAAUUGUAUUACAAGACGGAUAAGCCAAUUUACCAAUAUUUGGCCGAGACAGGUCGGACGGCGCGUUUCCACAAGGCCAUUGGUACUGCCAGCAUCGCUGAAGCGCCCGGGCUGCUGGCAGAUUACCCUUGGCAGGAGCUUGGCAAAGAGACUCUGUGCGAUGUCGGCGCGGGAGCGGGAGAUUUUGUAUGGUCCUACCUGCAUCGAUUCCCCCAGGCUACCGCAGCCGCGUUUGAGCUUCCCCAGACAGUGGAGUUGAUCCAGAAGCGAUUCGACGCGGCCGAGCCCACCGUCUCGACUCGCUUGGUCGGAGUUCAUGGCGGCGACUUUUUCCAGGUAGACGUUCCUUCUCAUCCAGCUUACCUACUUAAAUGGGUGCUCCAUAACUGGUCCGACGACGAAUGUGUGAUGCUCCUACAAAAGCUUCGACGUGCUCUAGUUGAAAAACCAGGCGUCAGUCGCGUCCUUGUCAUGGAGGCAGUCCUGGUUGAAGGGCGCAUGGGUCGCAUGGGGCGGUACGGGGACAUUCGGAUGCUUACGCGAUGCAAGACCAAGGAACGAACGUUAGAUGACUAUGCCCUUCUGGCCCAGCGAAGCGGGUGGAAGAUUCACAGCUUGAUCUUUCCCAGAGGCUGUCUCACCCACAUUAUGGAUCUGCGCCCCAUGGCAGAAUCAUGA